GUCCGCGCAUGCGCCUUUUACGCACACAUCUAUAACACACACUGCUCUGGGAUCAGCUCAACUAUUUUGAUUUGUGAAUGCAACGCCAAAUUUUGAGUUGUCCACGCGUAUUUCCCGGGAGAGUACGGCGUAUAAUCCUCGCAUUGAUUUGGCUAAUUUAUUUGGACUUAUUCGAUAUGGAUUUGUGCCGAAUGCGUCGCUCGCUCGCCGCAUAAAAGGGAAAUCAUUUUUCAAUAUUAAGAUUAAGUUUAGCAGUGUGGCAAACUUUGGCCACACCUAGAUCCUGUCCUAUAUUCUGUGAAAAAGCAGUUUUUUCCUCCCUGUGGUGCGUUUGUUUGUGUGUCGGCGAGUCCCGGCGGUGGAGAAACCGGAGAGGGCCUAUACAGAGGGAAUGCAGGACUGCAAUGGAGCACAAUGCAAUACAGUGGCUGGGUGCUCCUUCGUGUCAGAGAGGGACCUUCUCCUUCUAUAAGUCGGUGGGCAGCAGGACUCGACCUGAUGGACCGGUCCAGACCUGGAGACUGGGAGAGUUCUACUUUAUCCGCUGUGGACCCCAGGAGCCUGUGUGUCUCGCUGAGGUGACCUUGCUAUGGGAGGACCAGACACAGCGCCACCUGUUGGCGAGUGCCAGACUGUACUUCCUGCCUGAGGAUACACCCAAAGGUCGAACCCGGGAUCAUGGAGAGGAUGAAGUCUUGGCAGUUUCCAGAAAGAUGGUGGUAAAAGUUGAGGAUCUAGUGCGAUGGUCAUGCUUAGAGGAUGACGGAUGGAAGUUCCCGAGAGCGCAAACUCCAAGCAGGGUUAAUGGAGUCCUCAAAGACCCUCAGACCCAAGACCCAACUGAAGAGCUCACCCAAAACCCUACGGGUCAGAUCCAAGACCAGGACAUGGAGGAGAAGGUAGAGCUAAAACUCCAGAAGGAGGAGGACCUUAAGACACAAGAGGUGGAGCUAAAGAAAGAAGAGGUGGAGCUAAAGAAAGAAGAGGUGGAGCUAAAGAAAGAAGAGGUGGAGCUAAAGAAAGAAGAGGUGGAGCUAAAGAAAGAAGAGGUGGAGCUAAAGAAAGAAGAGGUGGAGCUAAAGAAAGAAGAGGUGGAGCUAAAAAGAGUACAAGACGAAGACCGUCAGUGGGUGAAGGUGCUCAGUUACCCUCAGUACUGCAGAUAUCGCUCUCUUCAAAGGAGGACUCAGGGCGAAGCAGCUGGACUGGAGCUCCAGGACCCCCAUAUAUUGGCUCUGGGUGGCCUGAAGGUGGCGCUGUCCAACACACGAGUCAUGUACUGCAGGGACACGUUCAACCACCCCACACUGGAGAACAACGCAAGCUUCUCUUGGCAAUUCAGAUGUCCUUCCCUGAGCCUUAGAGGUCGUCCUCGAAAAAGAAAAGGUCGUGACGGUAAAGACUCGCCAACCUCCAGCCAAUCAGAGUCUUGGAUCGACCGGAUGCAGGAGAAUGUGAUGGGCAGCGUGGAGUCAGGCUGUGAGGGGGCAUGGCUUCCUCACCCAGAUGAACAGUUCUUCCUGGAUCAGCUCUUCUCCUUCAUGGACAAACAGGGCGCGCCCAUUCACAAAGUCCCCAACCUAGGCUUCAAGAAGAUCGACCUGUUCCGCAUGUACUCUGUGGUCAAGCGCCUCGGAGGAUAUGAAAAGGUGACUAACGACCGACUGUGGAAGAUCGUCUAUAACGAGCUGGGCGGUUGCCCUGGUAGCACGAGCGCCGCUACCUGCACGCGCCGCCACUACGAGCGCCUCAUGCUGCCCUAUGAAGAGCACCUGAAGGCUGGGGGCAUCCACAUCCCUAUCCCAGAAUUCCAUCUUCCUGUCAGACCCAAAGGAAUGAGAGGCAGGAAACCUGGACGAAAACCAGGACCCAAACCCAAGGACAAGAAGCCCGGCACCCCCUCUGGUCCAAGGACGAUUGUGAACCCCGACGGUACAGUGGUAGUGAAACGUGGUCGUGGGCGUCCUCCGGGAAAAAAGAACAAAGCCACGCUCAUCGCUCAGGCCAAACUGCUCGCCCAGCAACAGGCCAAACACAGGGCUGUUACCGGGGAGAUUAGGACUGGACCGGGAUUCAGGACCGGACCGGGCAUCAGGACCGGACCAGGGGAGACCAGGGAGGGGGCAGGGAGAGGGAGGCCACCCACUCACCCCUCACUCCACAGAGUUCCUCCACUUCACACUCCUCAGCCAAUCGCUCCUGCUCUCAUCCCUGUCAACAUGCCCCUUACUCCGGACUUAUCCCCACGAUCCACCUCCUUCCUCCCCUUCCAACCAAAACCUCAAGAUCCCAACCGGCCCGAAUCCUCUUCUACCAACAAUACCUCUAGUACUUCUCCUACAACUACUACUACUACUACUACUACUACUGCAGUCCCCGCUCAGGGCUUGCUCCUCUCCGCUCUUCCCCACCAUUUUGUCUCCGGUUUCAGCCCAAUCAAAGGCCUCUGUCCCCUGGAUGUUUUCCGAAAUCGAAUCCAAAGGGGGUUGGAAAAUCCCGGUUCAAACCCACAAGACCCGCAACAUCUUCAACCAUCACAACACCAGAUCGUCUACUCCAUCCAGCCCAAAAUGGCAGAAAACCCACAAACUUUAUCCCAAAAUCAGGAUGCGAACAAUCGGAAUAGGCUACCCCUCCCUCCGCUUAGAGUGCUACCCUUGGAUUUGGACUGUAGUGUGCAAGUCCGUCAGCUCAUGAGGACACGGUUAGGAUCCACGCAGUUUCAGACGUUCACCAGGAGACUUUCGGAAGCGCUAUCACAUGACGGAGCUUCGAAACCGGUACCCUGUUCGCCAAUAACCCCCCCGCCUGAACAAAAUCUACCCCUGAAUCUUAGCAAACGGUUACCCCAAAAACGAGCACACCCGGACGGAGCGGAGGCGAGUUUCCAAGGUGGGGAGGAGAAAAGACAGAGGCAGCAUGAAGAUUUCGGGGCGAGGCUGGGGCAGGUUGGCAGGCAAGAGCUGAGGGUGCAAGAGGAACCAGCCGAUCUGAGUUCCCCAAGUCGGAUUCGCGCGUUUUUACUGGGACUUCCGCCGUUUCAGGUGAAGCUGGAAGAGGAUCUGAACGGAGGGAGAUUUCCAAAGUUAAAUCCCGAAUCGCGCCGGCUGGAGGUGGAGAAUCUGGGAAUGAAAAAGCAAGACGAUGACGUGAUCAUUGUGGAGGACGAUCGCGACGAAGAUGAAGAGGAGCAAGAAUCUGUUGUUUUCGUCAAAGAGGAGUUUAACGGAAAAGAGGUGAAAGGUGAAAAAAUCUCGGAAGAGAAAAUGGAAGUUUUGAAGCAAGCUCCAACUUUGGUUUUGGCGCAACACAGCUGACACUAAAAACAAUUAUUUUAAAAACUUUAUAAAGAUCUGACAGCAUGGCGGGAGAAACAGAUCUGGCAUUUCACGUGACAUCAUUUCCUGUUUUGUUUUAAAUCCUGGUCUGUGAUUGGACGGCAGAAGAUAGAGACUUCGAGCGGCAAUCACGCACAGAGGAUCUUCCUUUAAAACUUUUUUCUUUUGUUUUCCAGAUUUGAAAACACUGCCAUAACUUCAUCAUUAUUAUAACACUAUUAUUAACACCUAAAUAUUGAUUAAGAAAACCGGAUGUUACAAAUAUGGGCAUCCACCUUGUACUGUUAGUCCUUUAGUGUCAAUAUAAACCUCUCUACUUCUGGUAGGGAUAGUUAUUUUCGAAAAGUGUUAGAUCGAUGUUAACGGGCGGUUUCACUUAUAGCUUGUUACGUGAAGCCUAUACUAGUCUGCUCGUCAAAUUAUGAAACAAUAUAUAACUCUUUUCUUAUACAAAUGUGCCUUAAAUUCAUGAUAAUGGAGAGAUACUUUUGGAGUCGGCUGCUGCUGUUGUUUUUUCAACCCCCUACUACAGGGCUGGGUGGGUAUUGCAUUUGAUUUUAACAUUUUGAGAAAUUAUCUUUUAAUAAAAAAUAUGAAAAA